AUGUAUCUGUCUGUCUUACCAAAGGCCGCAUAUUUAAUAUGUUUCAAGUGGAGCCACCCAGUGACAACAAUUAGCGACAAGAAGGACCAAAACACCGGGAGGCUCCAGCUCACUCACAACCUCGGUGUUGCCACAUUGUUCUAUAUUUGUGAGCAGCCCUCCGGAUCCUACGCAUUUGUCGAACAGUAUUGUAACGGUCGUCGUGGUUUGGUGCUACUCCCUGGGCAUGACAAUUAUGAUCGCGACCAUUACUACCUCCUGACUCAAGUUUCCCGGCUUGACGGCGCUUCUCGCUCCAGGGCGGAAGAGAGUAUAAGCGUAUGGAUCAUCUUGUUGGUUAACUUUCCAAAUUGGCGAUCGACCAAAGUCAGAUCAUCAUCUGGGGCAACUCAAUCUGUGCUCACUACUUGUACCGUGGACAUCAACGCAGACGAGUAG